AUGCAGGGGGUUUGGUAUCCUUGUCCUCAUUGUGAGUUUGUUGCAACUACAGCAAGAUCUUUGAAGACUCAUGUUGAAAGUAAACAUGAAGGAGUGAGAUAUCUCUGUGUUCAAUGUGAUUAUUUUUCAACUACAACAAGUAACCUGAAGACGCAUGUGGAAAUUAAACAUGAAGGAGUUAGAUAUCCUUGUCCUCAUUGUGAGUAUGUUGCAACUCUAGCAGCUAAUCUGAAGAGACAUGUUGAAAUUAAACAUGAAAGAGUGCAUGUUAAAAGUAAACAUGAAGGAGUGAGAUAUCCAUGCCCUGAAUGUAAGUACGCUGCAACUACAACAGAUAAAAUGGCAGAGAUUAUAAAAGAAGACUUAAACAUUGAAGAUUUUGAGACAAAAGAAGAGUUAAUUUCCUUCAAGGAACCAAUCCUUCCCUCCUCUACUGUAGAGGAUACAUAUACUGUUAAUCUACAUAAAGAUGGUAUAAAGAUGGAGAAUACAGAAAUACAAGGAGAAAACAUGGAUGAAGUACUUGAACCAGAGCCUAAGAAAAGUAAGAGAAGUAAUUUGGAAUUUCCUUGUAAUGAUUGUGAGUUUGUUGCAACCAGAGGUUAUCAACUGAAAACUCAUAUUAAAAAUAAGCAUAAAGGGGUCAGUCAUUUGAAGAUUCAUGUUGAAAGUAAACAUGAAGAGGUGAGAUAUUCUUGUUGGCAAUGUGAAUAUGCGGCAACUACAGCAAGUUCUUUGAAGAUUCAUGUUGAAUGUAAACAUGAACGAGUGGAAUAUCUUUGUUUGGAAUGUGAGUAUAUUGCCACUCAACUAUGUCAUCUAAAGACUCAUGUUAAAAAUAGACAUGACGGAGUGAGAUAUCCUUGUUCUCAAUGUGAUUAUUUUGCAACUACAGCAAGUAACCUGAAGACACAUGUUGAAAUUAAACAUGAAAGAGUGAGAUAUCCUUGUUUGCAAUGUGAUUACGCGGCAAUUAGAGCAAGUGAAUUGAAGAGGCACGUUGAAUAUAAACAUGAAGGAGUAAGAUAUCCUUGCUCGCAAUGUGAUUUUGCUGCAACUACAGAAAGAUCUUUGAAGACUCAUUUUGAAAGUAAACAUGAAGGAGUGUGAUAUCCCUGUGUUCAAUGUGAUUAUUUUGCAACUCAAGCAAGCAACCUGAAGACACAUGUUGAAAGUAAACAUGAAGGUGCGAGGUAUCCUUGUCCUUACUGUGAGUAUGUUGUAACGCAAGCAAGUAGUCUGAAGAGCCAUGUUAAAAGUAAACAUGAAGGUGUGAGGUAUCCUUGUUCUCACUGUGAUUAUGUUGCAACUCAAGCAAGUAACCUGAAGAAACAUGUUGAAAGUAAACAUGAAGGUGUGAGGUAUCCUUGUUCUCACUGUGACUAUGUUUCAACUACAGUACAGAAUCUGAAGAGUCACUUUAAGAAAAAGCAUGGGCGUUAUAAACAUGAAGGAGUGGGAUAUCCUUGUUGGCAAUGUGAGUUUGCAACAACGACAGCAGGAUCUUUGAAGAUUCAUGAAGGAAUCAGAUAUCCUUGUUUGCAAUGUAAUUAUGCUGCAACUACAGCAAGUCUCUUGAAGAAACAUGUUAAAAGUAAACAUGAAGGUGUGAGAUAUCCUUGUUUGCAAUGUGAAUUUGCGGCAACUACAGCAGGAUCUUUGAAGAUUCACGUUGAAAGUAAACAUGAAGGAGUUAGAUAUCCUUGUUUGCAAUGUAAUUAUGCUGCAACUACAGCAGGUCAUUUGAAGAGGCACGUUGAAAAUAAACAUGCAGGAGUUUGGUAUCUUUGUCCUCACUGUGAUUAUUUUGCAACUACAGCAAGUAACCUAAAGAGGCAUGUUGAAAUUAAACAUGAAAUAGUUAGAUAUCCUUGUCCUAAUUGUGAGUAUGUUGCAACUCGAUUAGCUCAUCUAAAGAGACAUGUUUGGAAUAAACACGAAAUAGUUAGAUAGAUAUCCUUGCCCUCAUUGUGAUUAUUUUGCAAUUACAGCAAUCACCACGGAGUUAUCUGGCCUUUCUUCAAUCGGAAAAUGAUUCUGUUUUCCAAGAACAAUUUUUAUUUUUCAAAAAUCAACGAUUUUAAUUUGUUAAGUUUUGGUCAUGACAUAAAUUGAAGGUAGAUUCAUUAAUGUUAAAUCUUUUUGUAUAGUUUUUUGCCUUUACCGUUUUUCGCUUUGUUUACGAAAGCUAAGAAAACAGAUCAUUUUUUUGUAAUCCAAAAUCAAAAGUUUUUUUCAUAUAGUUAUAUUAUUGAUACUCUGUUAAUUUGUAAAUAUUUCUAGUUUACUCAAAAUGUAUUUUUCAGAUAGAAUGGCAAAGAUCAUUGAAGAACAAUUAGAUCUCGCAGAGUUUGAGAUAAAAGAAGAAAUAGUUUCCAUCCGUGAAAAUAUCCUUCCAUCUUGUUCUGAAGAGGAAACAUUGUAAAACCUAUACCUUAAGCCCUAUUUAGGAAGUAACGAGGAGUGACGAACCCAGUGCUCACACAAACCUUGAACUACAACAGGAGCUGGAUCCACAUCUAAUCAUCAAUCCUCAUCUUCAAGCUGCAGAAGUUAUAAAGUACUUUCUAUUUAACUCUAUAUUUAGCCAUGUUUAACGAAUAUUUUACCUUGUUGAUUGAAAGCAUAUUUAGCCUAAUUUUAUUAUAUAACUGAAAGUUUUAUCUAAAAAAUUAAAGAAAACAGAUUUUAAACUUAUAUAUAUAUGAAAGGAAGCACGUGCAAUACCAUCAAUCUUAAAAUGUAACCAUGUAUGUGUGUAAACAUAUUUACUCAAAAACAUUCAUUAAAAAUAUUUAACUAGAGGUCUUUUUCAGACCAAAAAAUAUGGUCAUGUUUGAAUGCAAAUCCGAAUAAAUUCUCUACGAUAUAAACAAAAGGUUUGAGAAAUAUUAUAAUACUG